AUGGAUAAAAUCAGCGAAAACAUACCUUGGGAUUAUUUUAUCCCCUUUUCAUUCUUACUCUUGUUGGUGGUCGUGCUCGUCACGCUCCGCGAAUUCCUCGACCUCUCGGGAGAUGCCUUUGGCCGCCCUAGUGGAGAGCGAUGGCAAUAUUUCCGAGAUGGGUUCUCCAUGACCCUCUCGACCAUCUGCUCGACCCUAGUGCGUCUCGCCGAUGGGCUUCUCGAGGUGGUUUGGGUCUUAGGCAAGCUAUGGCAAAUCAUCAUCACCCAUUUAGGUGGUGGUGAGAGCCAAGUUGCCAACGCGAGCGUGGACGUCUAA